AUGUUUUGCCAGCACUAAUACCAUCGCGAAACGGUCACUCUAAUCGAGAAAGCAAAAUUCGGAAAUAAAAAAAACUCGAAAAUUAAAUAAAAAAAGAACGUCGCCAACCACGCAGUCGGAAUAGUUAUGAUUGCGGGCAGUUACGGAUUACGCUAGCCAACGGGAUUACAUGUCGCGAACGCGGGGGAAGUCGGGCUAGAGGAAAAUCACUCGCAGCCCACAAUCACCACUACUACUACGCAGAGGGAGCAACAACAACGCAGCAGCAGUAGCAGCGAGAAGCAGAGGCAGAGGGGCAGCGCAGCGGCAGAGAGAAAAGAUGGCGACGAGAGGCACUGGGACUCGUGUGCAAUCGCAGCCAAAGAUUUUCCCCUCGCUGUUUUCCAAGCUGCACGGCGCCAUCUCGGAGGCGUGCGUCUCCCAGCGCCUGUCCACCGACAAGAAGACGCUGGAGAAGACGUGGAAGCUGAUGGACAAGGUGGUCAAGCUAUGCCAGCAGCCCAAAAUGAAUCUGAAGAACUCACCGCCGUUCAUACUGGACAUCCUGCCGGACACGUACCAGCGUCUGCGGUUGAUCUACUCCAAGAACGAGGACCAGAUGCACCUGCUCCACGCCAACGAGCACUUCAACGUGUUCAUCAACAAUCUGAUGCGCAAGUGCAAGCAGGCCAUCAAGCUCUUCAAGGAGGGCAAGGAGAAGAUGUUCGACGAGAACUCCCACUACCGUCGCAAUCUCACCAAGCUCAGCCUGGUCUUCUCGCACAUGCUCAGCGAGCUGAAGGCCAUCUUCCCGAACGGUGUCUUUGCCGGCGAUCAGUUCCGGAUUACCAAGGCGGAUGCGGCCGACUUCUGGAAGAGCAACUUUGGUAACAGCACAUUGGUUCCGUGGAAGAUCUUUCGGCAGGAACUCAACAAAGUCCACCCGAUAUCCUCCGGCUUGGAGGCAAUGGCCCUGAAGACCACCAUCGAUCUAACCUGCAACGAUUUCAUCUCGAAUUUUGAAUUUGACGUGUUCACACGACUCUUCCAGCCCUGGGUGACGCUGUUGCGCAACUGGCAAAUCCUGGCCGUCACCCAUCCGGGCUAUGUGGCCUUCCUCACCUACGACGAGGUGAAGGCGCGCCUGCAGCGUUACAUCGGCAAGGCGGGCAGCUAUGUCUUCCGGCUAUCCUGCACACGAUUAGGCCAGUGGGCCAUCGGUUAUGUGACUGCCGAGGGCGAGAUACUGCAGACGAUUCCACAGAACAAAUCCCUGUGCCAGGCUCUGCUCGAUGGCCACCGCGAGGGCUUUUACUUGUAUCCGGAUGGCCAAGCCUACAAUCCGGAUCUGUCGUCGGCCGUUCAAAGUCCCACCGAGGACCACAUAACCGUAACCCAAGAGCAAUACGAACUAUACUGUGAAAUGGGCAGCACCUUUCAGCUGUGCAAGAUCUGUGCGGAGAACGACAAGGAUAUACGCAUCGAGCCCUGCGGCCAUUUGCUGUGCACGCCCUGCCUCACCUCCUGGCAGGUGGAUUCCGAGGGACAAGGCUGUCCCUUUUGCCGGGCCGAGAUCAAAGGCACCGAACAGAUCGUUGUGGACGCCUUCGAUCCGCGCAAGCAGCACAACCGGAAUGUCACCAAUGGGCGACAGCAGCAGCAGCUGGACGACGACGACACUGAGGAUAUGGGCGACUUCAACAUAGCCACCUCAUCGCUGCACGCACUCAGCACAUCUUCGACGGCGACGGCAGCGGCCGAGAAGCAUAGUCCGCACACAUCGCCGCGAUUGGGACGACGCAGCACCACGCCCAGCUUGAUGGCCGUGCAAAACGAUCUCUAUGCGGGUGGGACGCCCACUCUCAGCCUGCCCAGCAGCUCCGUUGCCGGCACCUCAUCUUCAUCGUCGUCAUCCUCCUCCUCCUCCUCCACUUCAGCAGCAGCUGCAAUAGCAACCACAUCCUCCUCCUCCCAGCAGCAACAGCAACCGCAGCCCUCGGCUCCGCCGGCUUCAGCUGUACUGAGCAAUGGCGGAGGAGGAUCAGGAGGAGGAGGCGGGAUCAGCGCCAGCCAGAAGACCACCAAUCGGAUGAGUGCUCCCCUGAUCGGAUCCUGUGUGACCAAUUCCACCUACGGUCAUAAGUUGCCGCCGAACUCCAGCAGCAGCAGCAACGCCAGCGACAAUGCCUCCAGUACGAGUUCAUAUGCUAUACUGCAGAACCUGCAGGAGAGUGGAACGCAGGCAGGUGGAUCAGGAUCAGGAGCAUCUGCGGCUGCGGGACCAUCAGUAGCAGGAGCAGUGGCUCCUCCGCUGCCGCCCAGGAAAUCCUCGCCUGGCGUGGAGACGCCUAGCAAGGCCACAGCACCACCGCCACCGCCGCCCUGCAGCAGCAAGAGCAUCGACAACAUCCAGUGCAGCUUGGACAACGUGCCGCCCCAGACGACAGCGCCACCGAUUCCGCCACAUGUCUCGCCCAGCGUGGACACCUUGGCCGAGGAUCUGAUGCGACAGCAGCGCAUAGCCACUAGUACCACGUCGCCGGUGCUCUCCCUGCUCGAUGAGGAUAUUGUGGAGGUGGGUCCGGCGGAAACUAUUAGCGGUGUGAUCGAUACCCGCCCCCUGGAGGCGCGAGGUGUCACCCUGACCCGACAGGACUCGGCCACCUCGCACUACACGCAACUGUGCACCACAAGCAGUGGUGGUGGCACCGCCGCAGCGGCUGCUGCAGCUGCUCUGGCCAACGGAAAGAAGGCUACGCCGCCCAAGCAAAUCCAAACCACAACGAUGACAACGGCGGCGUCCAAGGCGGGGCCGAUAACGGGCAAUGGGGGCAAUCCUCACCAGCAACAGGCACAGCAAUCCCAGCAGCCACUGCUCUAUGCGAACGUGACGAUCAAUCAAAAAGACUGCGGCAACGUGCCCUACGAGAACAUAAACCUGGAGUACAUAGCCAGGCUGAUGAAUGCCGGCUACUCCAAGGAGAACGCAAUUACCGCCUUGGGGAUCUCGCGGAACAACAUCGAGAUGGCCGGCGACAUCCUGCGCGAGUUUGUCUCCAAGAACAGCGCCUGAAGUGAUUGUUAGAUGGGAGGAAGAAGCAAAAGCAACCAAAAUCUCUUUAGUCGAACUUCUCUAACUCGAAACAAAAUUGUUUAAUUAAUUAUUUAAUUUUAUUAAUGGAAAAUCUUAGGUAUUUGGCACUAGUUUUUAUUUAAUUUUAUGUGUAGGUUGUUAUUUAAAAACAAAAAAAGGAAACCAUUAUGGAUUUGGUGAAAAUAUUCGACUUUACCUUAAAUAUUUUCGAUUUAUUAGUCUCUUUUCUGAAUUAAAAUUAUAAAUGUAAAGUAGUAAAAGGUAUUAAUUUCUUAGUCAAGACAAAUUAAGGCCUUUUUUUAAACGAAUUUCUUGUGUAAAAUUCCAUAUUUAAACUAGUUUUACAUAAGAUAAAGAAACAAGAAGAUUAAUAUUUUAGGUUCUUUAACCAAAAAGCCUUUUUGAGUGUUUCCAGAAAUUGUUUAAUUAAAAGUAGUUUUGGAAAUUAAAUAUGCAUAAAAAAAAGAAAAACAUAAUUGUAAAAAAUGCAGUCGUUCAACGAUGUUACUACAUUUUUAAAUGAGUUAGAGAAGGUUCGACUGUUAAAGGAAAAACAAAAAACUCAAGAAAUUACUCUUUCUGAAAUCAAGGAAACUAAUCGUCGCUUUAGGAGCACCUAACUCUUAGAUUCACACCCCCAAACACACACACACACCUGCCCCGUAGUUACGCUAAGUUAGCCGAUGAGCCCCAGGAGAAGAUGAUUAAUGCCCUAAGAAGAAGUCCCUUACUUGGCGUAGCCAGCACAAGCAAUUCAAGUUUUCCCCCAGUUCGAAAAAAAGAUAAAAAUAAAAACAUAAGAUACGAAAAUUAA